CCGCAGGGAGCCGCUGCAGACCCGGGCGUCGCCGGGAGGACGAGGGAGGUGGAGCCGGGGCGGAGCGAGGCCAGACGCCGCCGCCACCACCACCGAGUCCUCCUUGCCAAUCGCACCUAUCUAAGUACCGGCGCGGCGGCGGCCCGGCUCCGGGAUGGCGGUGAUUCGGAAACUGGCCAUCCGCUUGGCCUACGCGGCGUUCGGGGCCAUCUCGGGGCUGUCGGUCUUUCUCGCCUGGAACCUGGCGCCCAGCCUGCAGCAGCCUUGCACCGCCGCCGCGGGCGGCUUCUCCGGAGUGCUGGCCCUCUGGGCUCUAAUCACGCAUGUGAUGUACGUGCAGGAUUACUGGAGGACCUGGCUGAAAGGGCUGAAGUUCUUCCUCGGUGUUGGCCUCCUCUUUUGUGUACUUGCUGUGGCGGCAUUCUGCACGUUCCUGGCCCUGGCCAUCAUGCAGCACCAAUCCUUCAAAGACCCAAAGAGCUACUACUUGUCGUGCGUCUGGAGCUUCAUCUCCUUCAAGUGGGCCUUCCUGCUCAGCUUAUACUCCCAUCGGUACAGAAACGAGUUUGCGGACAUCAGCAUUCUCAGUGACUUCUAAGACCCAGACUUCAGUCUGCUAAUGCUAAGGAAAGGGUGUGUGUGUGUGGCGGAAGACUUCUGGACAUUGAAGCCGGCUCUCAGAACAACUGGCUGGCAAGAAGGAAGCCUGCAAGGGGGAGAUGGAGGGAACCCAUUUCCACCUCAGCAUUAUCUCCACUGGGUUCAGUAGGGGCUCUUCCUAAUGGCUUCUUUCCGGUUGCUUGCUGUUUGGCUGUCAGUCUUGUCUUUUCGUUACCUUUCACAAGAGUGUGUGUCCUAUUCUGUUCUGAGAAAUGACUCAGAGUUCAGGCUCCUCGGAGCUUGAACACCAGGGAUCUGGUCCAAGUCCUCCUAGGCCUGAUGGUAUGGUUCCCACCCCAACCACACCCAUUUUUGGAGCCAUGGGUUAGACUUCCAAAAGGCUCAAGAAAGUGGUAUAUGCACCCUAGGGAAUCCUUGAUAGCCUUUUCCUUUAGACAGCAGCCAUUUUUGUUGCUUGUGAGGUGCUCAGUAAAGGCCCAAGGAUGUGAAAGGAGGGUCAAUUUGUACUACUUUCAUACAGAGGUAUUUUCAUAGAGCAAGGCAUGAAUCCAUUUUAAGAGAAGACUAUUUUGGACGACAUUCUUCACCCCAGUUUGUUUUCAUUGUUCACAGCUUUAGGGAGCAGGAACCUGUGGGUGUUGAUGCACCCAAUUUGCCCCUCCCUCAGCCCCGCUUAUUCUCUUGGCACUUUUAAGUGGUCGGGUUUUGAUAGUUUUAAGUGAGAUUUAAGUGAUGUUAUAUAGCUGUGCUGCUGCUGUCCCUGUGGAACAUGAAAGAGACUUGAAAUGCUUUUCAGAGUUUGUGUGUGUUCAAGGUCCAAUUGCAAACAUCUCUUCUUCCUAUCCAGAGACUUUGUGGUUGUGUCUAAAACUGUGUUACAUUCUAACAUGAGGAUAGCGGAACAAGCUCAACAAAGCCAGUUCCCGAGCCAGGGAGCUCAUUGUAUGUCUGCAUCUGGCCACAUAGAUGUUUGGACUGGCGUGUACAAUUGUCACAUAGGGGGGAAAGUCACGUCAGAAUUGUUGCUUGGAACUUUGGUCAGCCGCUGGGGACGGCAUUAAACGGCACCACAGCUGAAUUCUAGCAUUUUGCAAUGUGCUGUAAGUAAACCAGUUAGCUGUUUCCGUGGUGUGUCUCUUAAAAGCUUUUUUAUUUAAUUGGAGAAAAAUUUAAAUGUCAAGAUUGGUCGGGAGCAACCAAAGGCAGGUGUGAUGCCAAAAGAAGGAAUGGGUGCUUGGAAUCUGUGUGUGUCAUUUGGGUCUCAGUCUCUGUGUCCUGUAAAAGAUUUGCCACUGCAGCCUCACCCCAAAAAGGUUCAGUAGUACUGCUAUAUGUUCUGUGGUCUCCUUCCCCUGCUGCUCUUCCUUGUAUGUCUAAAGCGGAUUGGGUCUUUCUUGUAUGUCUAAAGUGGAUUGGGCACACAAUGCCCUCCCAGCUCAAGUUUGUGAUAAACAUUGCUUUCUGUCCUAGCGUAAGAGUGGCUAGCAUCUCCUUGGAUCACAGAGUCUCGUUCAGAGGAGAGCCCCUACUCAGAGGCUAGCGCUAAUGAAUACAUUGCCAGGAUUUCCUGCUGGAACUCUAAAGAUGAAAGCUUAACUAAUGGGAUCUUCCCAUAUCCCACCUUAUUAUGUGGACUUAAACACAUGAUUCCUCCUCCACAGUGUCUCAGACUAUUAACUUCUGUCCUUUGUGGUUGACCAUGCUUAUUUCUAAGUUGGCUGGGAGCAACAUAAUGGGAAUCCUUUGGCCCCUGUGUGGACACAGAGGUUAUUUACCUUGGACUUAUCAUGGUUCCAAAGUAGGGCUCAUGAAAGCAUGUCAAGCUAUCCCCAGGAAACAAGGCUGGAGGCUUGAAAAGUGGGCAGAGGCAGUGGUUGGAUCUAGCCACUGUUCUUCUAGCUCAUGCUUCCUGUGCCUUUAAUAUCCACAUGUCAAAGAUGAGUCAUCGGGCACAAUUGUCAGAGUACCACUGUGUCUAGGGGACCCACAUUUUUUGAACUUCUCCCCUAAAAGCAGGGAGCUCCAGGGUGCCUGAUGUGUGGAAAUCUAGGGGAGGGUCUUUCAGCCUAACUGUAGGCAAAGUCAAAGGGCAAAUCUGAUUGGCUCAUGGUCUGUUUCAGGGGUUUCCAAACCUUGGGUCUCCAGAUGUUGUUGGACUACAACUUCCAUCAGCAGAAAGCCAUUGUGGUAGGGAGGAUUGGAGCUGUUCAAAUGUGGGACCCAAGACUGGGAACCCUGGUCUGUAUGAUGGAAUAAGAGGAGAAGAUCCAAGCAAACUAAAGUGUGAUUGGCCAUUGUGACUUAUGUGUGUGUAUAUAUGUAGAUGUGUGUGUGCGGGGGUGGAGGGGGAUAGGAGUACCCCACCACGAAAGAUAGGGAAAGCUAGAAUCCAGCCAUUCAGCACAUUUUCCUAACUCCUUGGAAGCCUCCACGUUCAGCUCAGCAGAGGACUGGGCUCUUUGACGUCACACAGCCACACCAGUGGUCUUGCACUAUAUCCAUAUGCUGUUUUUCAUCCCUCUUGUUUCAUCCCUGUUUAACUCUGCCACCAUGUCUUGCCCUUCCCUCUUCAUGCACAAUAUUUGGGGUUGAUGCACAAAGGACUCGCCAGGAGAAGGCUGCUCACAUACCACUUUUCUUACAAAUAAAGGAAAAAGACAAAGUGUGUGACUGGGUAUUUCUUGCAGAGGGGAGCUGGGUGCUUGGUGGGCAGCUCUACAGACAGUGAAGAGGCUCGGCUCUGAAUGGUGGAGCAAUGCCGAUUGGAUGCACUGGUCCAAGUAUGGACAAGAAAGGCUGGCCCUGUCUUUGGUAAAGUGGUACCGCCCUGGGGGCAGCAGAUUUGGACAUCAUUAAAGGGGGGCAAUGCUUUCCCCACUUAAUGUAGUAUUCUGUGCUGUGGGUGGCAUCUGGAUUUCAAUUCAUAUCAUUUCUUGGCCUUGUCCCUGUGCACAACUAAGGGCUGCUAUGUAGCAUUUGUGCCCAUAGGUGUUUGCUUUUUGCUGUGACCCUGUGCAUGCUCUUCAUGGAGAUUAAGCAUAUAUAUUUUACUAGACCGCUUUCAUCUAAAGUGUGGGGGGAGGAAGGGGACAGUGUCUCCCUAUUGUUAAUUUUAAAAAAGUGAGAAUUCUGUUGGUUCUCUUACCACCUUGUCAAGUUACACCCUUAGUAAGCCAGCUGUGAUUGUUCUGCCAGAAGGGAAACUUGUUACCACCCAUCGUCUGCUAUGUGGAAAUCUAGAGAAGCACUACUUUACAGUUGUAAAAGUGUUCCCUGCCACUUCAGUGUGUGGCCACUUUCAUAUGACAAGAUAUUGUGGAUUGUUCAAAGCUCUUGUGAAGUUCAAAGCAUGAUCUAACUCCCUGUACACACACUGCUGCAGGCUACCACCCUACUUCUGAGUGCUAUCUUGACCUAUGUACACAUGCUGCACAGGGACCACAUGGGAUUUUCACAGUGCCGCCAGCUGGCUGAGAAGAAGCCAUUCCAGCCACUGCAAUGGUAAUGAAAAAGGCUGGGUUCUUCUCAGAAUGCCACAGCUGGCCAGCAGGUGGCACUGUGAAGAUCCUACAAGGUUCCAGCUCGACGUGUGUACAGAGGGUAAGAUUGCACUCGACAGUAGUGUGAAAGCAUUGAAUAUCCUGCACUUUAUUGCUGUAUGGAUGUUAAGAGUGAUCAUUUUGUCACAAGUACACUGGGGUAAAGUUACUAUUUGCUCCGGUUGCUCUUUAGAUCCUGAUGCACUUCUGUGCAUAGUGGGCUUUGUGUUUGUAUAGCAGACCCUUGAUUUCAUGAAAUAAAUGCAGCUUUGAGCUGCCACUAGGCUUGUGA